AUGUCCACCAACAAUAAGAAGGGUCUCACAGUUACGAUUGAAAGACGAAACACCGACGACUCAACCACAUCAGAAGUCAAGACACCACGCACAGCACGCUUCGCUGAAGCGACAUCAGUCUACUCACCCAUCGACGCUCCAAAGUCACCUUUCAGCUCCUACCCCACAAACCACUACAAGCCGCAGCCUCAAGUAUCGGACGUGGGCUUUGGCUACGUCCAAACCGUCGAGAUGGAAGAGACCGACAGGAAAUACCUCCCUCCUCCGACACCAAGAGGUCCCCUCAAGAGUGCGUUGAAGUCGCCCGGCGCGCCACCGCGGACACCUGGCAGGCCCAGCAUGAUCCUCAGCCCUACAUUCAGGGAGGAGCGUGAUCUCGAGAAGCAAGAAUCUUCGUUGGAGAAGGAGCAGGCCAAGGAUAUCAGUGCUAACGUCGAGCAGAAAGUCAAGGUCCGAGUAAGGAUCGCUAAGAUCUUCUUGCGCGGCAUCAACUUCGCUUGCAGUCUUAUCGUUCUCUCCAUGGUCGCAACUGCACUGGCAAUCUUCCACGCAACAAAGUCACUCCCAAAACGAAACAACCUUCCUCCUUGGGCCGACAACACGAAGACAUGGCCGCAGAUUCUCCUGUUGGUCAUUGCAAUCAUCUCUCUUGUCAUGUCCAUCACCGUGAUGAUUGCGUAUUGCAGAGGAGGUCACAACCGAGCCGAGAAGGUGGCAGCCUACUACACCAUCUUCGCCGUCGGUUUCUUCAUCUUCAGCAUCAUCAUGUGGGCUGUAGGUGCAGCAGUCUUCAACCAGAGCAAAGCGCAAAAUAGCAACAAAGACAUGUGGGGCUGGUCUUGCGUCGACAACAAGCGGCGGCAUCUGUUCGAGGACGAUAUUGCUUACGGUCUCGUUUGCCGCCUGCAGAACUGGGCACUCGUCUGCUGCAUCAUCGAAGUCGUCGUUGAAGUCCUCUGCAUCAUCAUCUACGGAAUUGUCUUCUACCGUUUCUGGUCCAAGAGGAAGCUUAGGAAGUCCAUGGCUGUCCGCGACAAAGCUCGAUCGGACCUCUACCUUGCCCAACUCCGCUCGCAGUCAGCACCCAACACCCCCGGAUUCGGCCCUCUCUCGCCCCGCUCCGGUGGCUGGCGCCCACCCCCAGGCCACCCUGACUACGUCGACCCCAACGCCAUGGCUCAAGACAGCGAGAACGGCAAGGUUCAGUACGCCCAGAUCCGUGAGAUUGUUCAGCCACAGCCGUUCACCCUGCAAGCGCCACCGAUCAAGGUCACUGGCGCAACACCCAAGAUCAGCCAGGACGGCUUUGAUACACCCUCACGAACACAGACCGUCUCACCACCCGUGCCGACUCUUUCCCCUGGGAUUGAGAGACACAACGACCACGUGGCUGCCGCACCGGGAGAACAGCAAUACGCAGCUGUUCCCAUCCCAGGAGCAUACACACCGCUGGCAUCGCCUUCGUACCCACCGGCACAGCAACAGCAAGGAUUCGACUUUGGUCCUCAUGCGGGUCGAUGA